CGCGAUUUAAUUUAAAAAAUACUUGAAAAAGAGCACGUCGCCGCCUUCGUAGCGGAAGAGACGACGAAACCCACCGAUCGAUCGGGUCGCCUGAAUCUCCCGACGCCGGCAGCGACUUCGCCUGAUUCCAUACAAGCAUUUCCUUCCUUAUUUUUAUAGCAUCGGUGAGAUCUCCUUUCUUCACCGCUUCCAGCUGCGUUCCGAAUUCUUCUGCUCAUGUUUUCAUGGGUCGGAAUGACCUAGGGCGUGGGUACCGCGGCUCUGCCAUUUCCGGCGGUGGAGCUUCUGAUGUUCGAUUUGUUUCCCCUGUCCCUCCUUUCCCUGCUCUCGACCUUCCUUCGGUUCUGGCUCCCGGGGAGCAGUCGACGGCCGCCGGGCUCUCAAAACCCCGUCUUGCGAAUGCGAGGAAGAAGCGUGCAUCCUCCCGUGUGAGGGUGAAUGUGAUUUCAGGCACUGAGGAUGAAACAGGGUUCAAUCCCUUUCGUUACGGUGCGGCAGUUGCGGCAUCGGAUGCUCCCGGGCCGAAUGAGUUUGGAGGAACGCACGGGCAUCAGGAGAAGUUCAUUGGCCGGAAUCCAUUUCAUGCCAAAGAGGAGGAGAAAGUUUCAGAGAAUUCGGAAUCAGGUAAGUUUGAGUCUUUGAAGCAUGGAGUUGAUGCUGGUGGUUUUGUCUUUCGGAGUGGCUGUAAGACAAGCUCCAGGUUCGAGCAGAGCACCGAAUAUCGUUCUUCGGAGCUGGAGCAUAGUGAUUAUGAGUCUAAUCCAACGUCCAGAAAUUUAGGAGCUGAGAAUACUGCAUUUAGCCAUGACAGAAGUGGUUGUGAUGCUGCUGCUGAUAUAUUCCUGCUUGGGAGGGAAUUGAAGGAAGACACUAGUUUCGGUCAAACUAUGCCAGUGGUUGAUCCAAAUUUCGGUAAUUUUGCAUCAACUAAAUCUGAAAGUUCUGGAUUUGAUUUUGGUGCUGCAUCCUCAGCCAAUUUCAAUAGGGGUAAUACUGGGGAUCUGAGUAAGAAGGCCAGUUUGGAUACAUUUUCAUUAGUUGACAACAAGGAGAAAAGUUUGAAACCUAAUUUGGCUACUGAGAGUUUUGGCAAUCUAGAUUUUGGUAGUUCUCAGAUAGGGAAGUCUAAAAGUGUUCCAUUUACCGGAGAGGUAAUUAAUAGUCUUAAAAGUGGUAGACCUAAUAAACUAUCAAGCGAAACAUCUGCCUUUGUGGAUAGAACGCCCAUGCAUUCUGAUUCAAUAGGUCUGAGCACAGGUGAUACCUUGAAUUGUGGCAAGCUGCUGAAUCCUGGGGUUCCAUUUGUAAAUAGUUUUGUACCUAGAAAGCUUGAAAAUACCUUUGUUUUUGGGGCAAAUUCAACAAGAAAUUCAGAUUCAAAAGAUAGUGUUGCUAAGAGCACUAGACAACCUGUAAAAAGUGGAAUUUGUGAUGAUUUUUCUUCCAUAUUUAAUAGUCGUGUGCGGAUAUGUUCUAAUCCAGUUGAUAGUUCUUUUAAAGCUUCUGAUAGUCCUUCAUUCUCUAGUCUUCAUGAUCAAAUGGAGAAGCUGAAUUUGCAAAAUUCUGAUGAUGCUAUUCUUUUUGAAAGGAUUAACCAAGGCAAAGAGGAUACUAGACUAAAUUCUGCUAAUUUUUUCGUGUUUGGUAAUAAUAAUUCUGCUCUGAGUAGCUUUCAUGCUGAAUUAGAGAAGCUGAAUUUGCAAACUCCUGUUGAUAAUAUUAAUACAGAAAGGGGAAACCAAACUGUUGAGAGUGCUAAACUUAAUUCUAUUAAUCCUUUCAUGUCCCAUGAGUCUGUUCCUAGUAGCUUUCAAAAUGUAAUGGAGAAGUUGGAUUUGCAAAGUUCUGGCGAUGAUUUUGCUUCUCAAAAAAGAAACCAAGAUGAUGACAGCACAAAACAUGAUCCUGUUGAUGUUUUUGUGUUUGGUGAAUGUUUUCCUAGUAAUCUUCAUGAUGAAAUGGAGAAGAUGAAUUUGCAAGAUUCAGGUGAUGAUAUUUCUUCCGAAAUGAGAAACCAAGCUGAUGAGAGUACAAAACACAAGAUGGCUAGUUCUUUUGUGUUUGUUAAUGACAAAUCUUCUUUGACUUCCUCUGCCUGUAGUCCUGUAAAUCCAUCAGCUGAGAAGGAUAACAAAGUGGAGAUUCAUAGAGAGCUAGAAUCAGAUAAUGUCAGGACUGUCUUCAAUUUCACAGGUAUGCCAGAGCAAGCAGGAAUUGCACAAACAGAAUUUAGAAGUUCAAAAACUACAGAAGACGUAUUGAAGGAGAGUUUAUUUUCUGGACGAUGUCAAAAUAUGCCAUUCAUUGGAAGGAAGGGUGAUUGUAAAGAUUUCAGAAUGAGAAAAAGAAAUAGUAAACUAAAAAAUAUCAUUCUACCACAUCAAACCUUUGCUCAAACAUUUUCCUCCAUUGAAGAAGUGUUUGAAAGUAAAUAUCCAGAUUCUGUUGAUUGUUGCUUAUCGAAGGAUUAUUCUCCUUAUAAAGAGAACUUAGUUGCUGAACCAAGUUUAAGAGAAGAUUCAGUACCAUCAGGUAAAUCCAAACAUGUUGCCUCAACCCAGGCAUCUAUCGAUACACAAAAAUCAAUCCAUUUAGAUGAAAGUGAAUGCCUUAUUUCUACCACACAAAACUUGAAUAACACUGGAGAUGAUCCAACACAUGGUGAACUAAAUCAAAAUGAUUCCGUAGCUUAUUUAGACAGAGAAUUUGGUCUCAAAUAUUCAGAAAAAUUUGUUCCAAAGUCUGAAACUGAGGAUGUUGCUUGUGGAAGUAGCAUUGCUGCAACAGAGAGUGAACCUCUAGGUGCUGGUCAGGGAGGAACAUGCUUUACUUUCAAUUCUUCUGUAGAAGACUUUGAUGGUGAAAAUUUUAUGUUUGGUGCAUCAUCUUUGAUUCAAAGUCCAUUGUCAGCAUCAAAGUAUCAAUACCGAAAGAAAAACAAGAUGAAAGUUGUUCAUGAGAUUUUAAAUCCUAUUUCAAAUAUUGCUCCCAUGGAUUCAUCAAUAAAUAUUCUUCAAAUUCCCAGCAAGUCAAUGCAACCAAAUCAUGCAAGAGGAAAAAAAAAUGUGAGCAAUACUGGAGAUGGCACAAAUACCAGCCUGGAGGUCAAGAAAGAGUUCAUAAUUUCUGACCCUGGAAGAGUAGCAGAACAGGAAGCUUGUGAAAAGUGGAGACUUAGGGGUAAUCAAGCUUAUGCAGAAGGACAUCUUCUCGAAGCUGAAGAGUACUAUACACGAGGGCUGAACUCUAUCUUUCAGAAAGAAAAUACUCAAAGCUGCAAUCAAGCAUUGAUGUUGUGCUAUAGUAAUCGUUCAGCUGCACGGAUUUCCCUUGGAAGAAUGAGAGAUGCUCUUAAUGACUGUAUGCUAGCUAUUGCAAUAGAUUCCAGCUUCCUCCGGGCUCAAGUCAGGGCUGCAAGUUGCCAUCUCACACUGGGUGAAGUUGAUGAAGCAAUAAAUUUUUUUAAUGACUGCUUGCUCUCAAAACAUGAUGGGAACCUGGAUGAAAAAAUAUUGACACAGUCUUCUGAUGGACUUCAGAAUGCUCAGCAAGUGGCUGAUCACAUGAGCCAGGCUGAGGAGCUUUUACUCAAAAGGACAUCUGAUGGAGUGACAAAGGCGUUACAACUGAUCUCUGAGUCCUUAAUAAUAAGUGCACAUUCAGAAAAAUUAAUGGCAAUGAAAGCUGAGGCUCUUCUCAUGCUUCAAAGGUAUGAAGAAGUAAUCAAUUUCUGUGAGCAGACUAUGGGAUAUGCCGAAGUUAAUGCUUUAUCUUCUGGAGCCAAUUUACAGUCAAACAAAGAAGAUAACUCUGUAAAUCUCCAAUUUUUCCCCCUAUAUGGUUGGCGUUGGCUCCUAAAGGCAAAGGCUAACUUCUAUUUAGGAAGACUAGAUCAAGCCUUUGAAUUGUUGAAGAAGCUUGAACAAGGGAAAAGUAUAGUGGACAAGGAUAGCAGCAAAUCAGACUCUUCCACAUCACUGUAUGCCUCCGUAUGUGAGCUGUUACGCCUUAAAGCUGCUGGAAAUCAAGCCUUUAAAGAGGGAAGACAUCUUGAUGCAAUAAAGCAUUACAGUGCUGCUUUAGCAUUUAAUAUUGAAUCACGUCCUUUUGCAGCAAUAUGCCUCUGUAACCGUGCUGCUGCAUAUCAAUCUGUAGGCCAAAUUACUGAUGCAAUUGCGGAUUGCAGUCUGGCCAUAGCCCUUGAUGCUACCUAUCCGAAGGCACUUUCUAGAAGGGCUUCCUUAUAUGAGAGGAUCAGAGACUAUGAACAAGCAUCUAAUGAUCUGCGCAGACUUGUGUCCCUUUUGGAAAAGCAAAUUAAAGUUAAGGAUAACCAAGCUGGUACUUUGGAAAGUGCUGUCCCUAACCAAAGUGAUUUAUGUCAAGCUCGGUUGUGGCUUUCUAUUAUGGAGGAAGAGGCUAGGAAAGAUAUCCCUUUGGAUAUGUGCCUUAUUUUGGGAAUUGAAGCAUCAAGCUCUGUAGCAGAUAUAAAGAAGGCAUACCGAAAAGCUGCACUGAGACAUCAUCCAGAUAAGGCUGGUCAGAUCUUGGCCAGAAGCGAAAAUCUUGACAAGCUUAGGAGAGAAGUGACUGAAGAAGUCCACAGGGAUGCUGAUAGAUUGUUCAAGAUUAUUGGAGAGGCAUAUGCUGUACUUUUAGAACCUGCAAGGAAUAAACCUACUAAACUUUAAGAGAAUUAAAGUGACACUUGCCUCCCUUCGUCAAGGUUUAUGAUAGACAACAGAAUAGAAAAGAAGCACGAAAUGAGUUGCAUCUCGUUUGUCCAUAGGAUAGAUCACAUUUAUACUUCAUAAUUUUGAAUGGUAGUUAUGAAAAGAGAAAACGCACAUUGUACAUAAGGUACGUUUUUAUGAGGAAGUAUAGUGUGCUUGUGUUUGAUCUUAUGUUAGCAUUCAUGUGCGAAUGUGCUGAUGUUGGACAAUGGGAACUAUUUGUUUUGAUAAGUUAAUAGAUCUACCAAG